AUGAAGCUGGAGGUGUUCCGUGGCGCGCAUCACCAUGCAAAAGCACCAGAGACGUGCAGCGACGCGGAGACCAGCGUCCCCUCUCCACUUUCCAUUGAGGAUGAAUUGGGCUCGGAUGGAGACUGCGCGGCGCACAGCCCUUGCGCACCUGCCGCAUCUUCCUUAGCGAUCUCCUCCAGCUCGGCAUGCUCUGAGAGCAAGGACAAGGGCAAGCCGUAUACGCGCCGACCCAAGCCGCCGUAUUCCUACAUCGCCCUGAUUGCCAUGGCCAUCCGAGAUUCGAACUCUGGCCGCCUGACGCUCGCUGAGAUCAACGACUACCUCAUGCGCAAGUUUCCGUUCUUCCGCGGAUCCUACACGGGCUGGCGCAACUCUGUGCGCCACAACCUGUCGCUCAACGAUUGCUUCCUAAAGGUUCUGCGCGAUCCGUCUCGGCCCUGGGGCAAGGACAACUACUGGAUGCUGAAUCCGCAUAGCGAGUACACGUUCGCUGAUGGAGUUUUUCGGAGACGCAGGAAGCGCAUCGCUAAGAAGCCGGGGCGGGAGCAGGACGACAUGGCAAGUGGAGACUCCCCGAACUCCAUCCAUGCUUCAGCUUCCUCCAGUGCCAAGUUCACCAGCCCGUUCGCCAUUGACAGCAUCCUCAGUCGUCCGUUUAGGAGAAAUGAACAGCCGCAGCAACAGCAGCAGCCCUGUGCGCCAGACGACGUCCAGACAAGCGUUUGGUCUUACAUCACACGAGGGACUCCAGUUCAUGCGCUCCGGGCGUACGGCAUGAUGGGCGUCUCGUUUGAAGAAAUGGCCGUCCGGCAUCAAAGGGACACUGUCGGCUCAGAGUGCCUACCGGUCGCCCGGUUUGCGCCGACCACUGCACAUGCGCAGAGUUCUUCGACCAAAACCGGUGGCCUCCAUUCGUUUCAAAUAGACUACUUACUGUCCUAA